AUGCCGGCGUCUCUGGCCGACAAGACGCAUCUAUACCAGUAAGGAAGACAACGAGACAGAGCACUUACAGACAACGGUUAGAGGGUGGGCACAUGGUCCCUGUGUGUGUGUGUGUGCAGGCGUAUCGUCAAGGUGAAGAGAGCAUUGGAGAUGAAGGGCGUUCGGGUCGAUGUGAGGAAUGGGGAAGACGGGACAUCCCCCUCUUCGUGCUACAUCUAUGACGCCGAGGAGGACGAGGAGGUCCACGUGGACGAAAUGAUGCCGUCUUCGGUCAUCUGGGACGCGUUCGGCGCCACGCCUACCGCGUCUGUGGCCCCCGGCGCAUCGGUACGCAUCAAUCCUCUCCCUACGCCUAACCGCUCGCCCGCUCAUGGCGACGAGGCGCCCGUCCCGGACGACGACAUCAAGAUUCUCAUCACGAGGUCCGUCGCACGCGCUCAACUCAAAGACGGCAACAGUGCCAUCUCUCUCUCUCUCUCUCUCUGUGUGUGUGUGUGUGUGUGUGUGCAGGCGUAUCGUCAAAGAUGUAACAUUGGAGAUGAAGGGCAUUCGAGUCGAUGUGAGGGAGGGGGAAGACGGGACAUCCCCCUCUUCGUGCUACAUCUAUGACGCCGAGGAGGACGAGGAGGUCCACGUGGACGAAAUGAUGCCGUCUUCGGUCAUCUGGGACGCGUUCGGCGCCACGCCUACCGCGUCUGUGGCCCCCGGCGCAUCGGUACGCAUCAAUCCUCUCCCUACGCCUAACCGCUCGCCCGCUCAUGGCGACGAGGCGCCCGUCCCGGACGACGACAUCAAGAUUCUCAUCACGAGGUUCGUCGCACGCGCUCAACUCAAAGACGGCAACAGUGCCAUCUCUCUCUCUCUCUCUGUGUGUGUGUGUGUGUGUGUGUUUGGGUUGACCCAUGCCUCAGUUGGCGGAGUCAGAGGAUGCUCCGUCAUGCGCACGAGGCCCUCGACAACAUCAGCCGCCAUCUUGCCCGGGUCCCUGGCCCCUGCAGACCUCUUCACAUCGAGCUGAUCCUCAGGGAGGGCCAGGAUAUGAUCAAUGAGCUGCUCAUCGACCUGUCCAACGGGGAGCUGGAGAGGGAGUACCAGACCGCCUUGAACUUGCACUUCUCGUGAGUGGAGACGACACACACGGACGGUGUAUCUGUGUUUCUGUGUUUGUGUGUGUGUGUGUGGUGAAUGCAGUCUGCAGAAGGAGCUCGAGAGUCUGCAGAAGGAGCUCGAGGUUCUGCAGGAGAAGGGCGAGAUUGGGGAGCAGGACAAGAAGUGCCAUGACUUGAAGAAGCGUUUGGAUCUGCUGGUGCACAUCAGCAAGGACGGCGCCCAGCACUUGGAGCAGCUGACCAAGCGUGCCAGAGACUUCCGCGUCAUCUUGGAGGACGCUGUUGGCGCGCUCGCGAGGACCAGCCGAGCGGACCAGGCGGACAUACAGCAGUAAGCCAAUUCAAUAGACGUGGGACACUGCCAAAUCUCUCGUCUGUGCGUCUAUGGGGGGUUGGUGUUCAGCAUUUCGCAGAAGGUGCAAGUGCAGCAGCAGCCGGGCAUGACAGCGUCCGGCCCGUCAGCAUCGCCGGCCAGCAGUGAGUCGCCCUCAGACACCACGCAGCAGCAGGGAGGGGCUGGGGGCGGCGGGGAUCCUCCGUCGCAGCUCGAAAACGAGUAUCGCAAGCUCAUGGGCCUGCACUUCAUGUGAGAGAACAUAGAGACACACACGGCCGAAUGGAUGGCAGUCACGUCUGUGUGUGGAGGGUGUAUGCAGUCGUGUCACCGAUGAGGAGGAGCGUCAGCUGAUUGAGAAGCACAUCAAGGAGUGCCAUGACGCGGGCCGUUUGGAUCGGCUGGUCGGCAUCAGCCGGGACGUCGAGCACCACUUGGCUGCCGCCCAUCACAGUCCUGCCGCGGCAUCACAGUCCUGCCGCGGCAUCACAGUCAAGAGGCUGCACCUCUUCUGGCUGCGGAGGGAGCUGGAAAGGGCACAGCGCAGAUGGAGAGAGCAAUUAAGAUCGGAGCGAGGCUGA